AAGAGAGAAUUGGCUGAAGUUUAUCUAUUAUCUAAGUACUUCUCUUCAACACUUCAUUGCUUGAAUUUUCCUAUCGUGGUGCCUUUCUUACUUCAUGUUGAGAUACCAGACCAGUUUCAAUUGGCUCCGGGGAUACGGUCCGCGAAGGCUCUGUCGUGCAAUGCAAAGGGCGUGAGGACAGACAGGAUCUUCAUCACCAUGACCACCGCAAUCACCGCAACCUGUGCAUGUCGCAAUUUCACCUACACAGUUGACUAUCCAAAUUCCUGGCUCCCACUCGAUCGCGCUCUUUGCCUCUGCACUACCUGUCGACAAGUUUCAGGCUCCUGCGGCGUAUCGUACAUCAAAGUACCAGCGGAGCAAGCCAUCGACCCAUCGAAAUUUCAUGUCACAGGCUACAAUAGCUCCGAAAGAUGUUCAAGAUUUUUCUGCUCUACAUCGUGUGGUUCCACGAGAUUGUGGACGCAGAUGGAACGAAGAGACCACUGAAGAGGUGGAUGCUCAAUGAUCGAGGUGAGAAGGCAGAAUUUGUGCCAGAGAACAGUCUGCAGACUCUGGAGAAGAUAUCAUCUGGCGAUAAGCUGAAAGCACAAUGUCAUUGUGGAGGUGUCAAGUUCUACAUUACCCGACCAAACGAAGCUUCGAAGAAGGUCCAGUCGCCGUUUCCCGACCUGCAAGUUCCGUAUCAUUCUCAUUCGAAUGCCAAUCCAGAGAACAAGACUUGGUGGUUACGAGACAAUGAUACCAAGUACUUGGCUGGGACAUGCACAUGUACUUCAUGUCGACAGAACUUAGGGAUGGAAAUCCAAACAUGGGCGUUCGUUCCAAAAUGCAACAUCUUCAAAGAGGAUGGGAGUCCGCUAGACUUUCACUUGGGGACGAUGAAGACCUACCCAAGCUCAGAAGGAGUAUUUCGAGAAUUCUGUGGUAAAUGUGGUGCCACAGUCUUCUGGCAUUGUGAGGAAAGGCCAGAACUGAUAGAUGUGAGUGUUGGUUUGCUGGAUCUAGAGGAAGGAGCACGAGUCGAGGGUUGGCUCGACUGGUGGACUGACAGGGUAAGCUUUGAAGAGAUGGCUGUCAGUAGGAGCUUGGUUGCAAGCCUUGAAGAUGGAUUGAAAAAAUGGGGAGCAAAACGCCAGGGUGUUGAAGCACAAGACAUUGUCUCGUGAGAGGGGCGCAGGAGAGCCGAGCUAAGCAAGACAUGUUGGUAACUGUUUCAUAUCAACAACAUUUUCCAGAUUCUUUCUUGGAUGGUCGUCCCAUGUCUUCGAAUGACGAGAUACACCGAUGGCAG